AUGAAGUCCUCUGUGCUUCUCUUCAAUGGGUGUACUCCCUGGCAGGGGCUGAUCAUAGCCUCCCUUUUAACCUUCUGGCUCCCAUCCACCACUGCCACUGUAAACACUGAAUCAAUGCCACUCCUUGUGGCUGAAGGAGAAAACGUCCUUUUCCCUGUCCAAGAUCUUCCAGAGAAUAUUAUAGCCUUAGCCUGGUUCAAAGGACUAACCAAGAUGACACAAGGAAUUGCCUUGUAUGCUCUGCACAGCAAUUUAAGUUGUCCAGGUUCUGCGCACAGCGGUAGAGAGACAAUAUAUCGCAAUGGAUCCCUGCUGCUGGAAAAGGUCACCCAGAAGGACACAGGAUUUUAUACCCUACGAACCUUUAAUAGACACAGAAAAAUCAUGUCCACAGCAUCCAUUUACCUCCAUGUGCAUGCUUUCCUUUGGAAGUGUGGGCACCUUGCUACCUCUUCCCAGCCCACUAUUGAAUCAGUGCCUCCCAGUGUUGCUGAAGGGGGAAGUGUUCUUCUACUUGUUCAUAAUCCACCAGAGAAUAUUCUAGGCUUCCUCUGGUUCAAAGGAAUGACUGAGUUCAAGAAUCUUGUGGCUGCCCGAUUUAUGCUAAACAGGAAAUCAACUGUGUGGGGGCCUUCAUACAGCGGAAGACAGGUGUUGCACAGUGAUGGAUCCUUGCUGAUACAUGGUGUAACUCAGAAGGAUUCUGGAACCUAUACCCUAAGAAUUCAUAGAACAGAUACGGGAAAUGAAGAAACACAAGGGCAACUCCACGUGUACAUGUUCUGUAACCUUCUCACUUCCUCCCCACUCAUGAUCCAACUGGUGCCUCAGUAUCCUGCUGAAGGGGAGAGCGUUCUUCUCCAAGUUCAUAAUCUUCCAGAAGAUCUGAUAUACUUUUCCUGGUACAAAUCAAAGUAUAGCACCCUGGUUCUUAAAAUUGUAGAAUACAGUGGUGACAUGAAUUCCAUCUUGUGGUGGCCUUCACAUGGAAGAAGAUGGAUGGUGUAUGACAAUGGAUCCCUGAUGCUCCAGGAUGUCACCGAGAAAGAUGCAGGACUGUACACACUAGAAGUUUUAAACAAAGAUUUCAAUAUUGAAAAAGCAUUUGUAGAAUUUUAUGUAAAGAAAUAUGUGACACAACCCUUUGUGAGAAUCACUGAUACCACGGUCAGAGGAGGUAGAUCUGUGAUCUUCACGUGCAUUUCACCAGACAAUGAUAUCUCUAUUCGUUGGAUCUUCAAUAACCAGAAUCUGCAGCUCACAGAGAGGAUGACUCUUUCCCCAACAAAGUGUGCACUCAAAAUAGAUCCUGUCGGGAAUGAGGAUGCUGGAGAGUAUCAGUGUGAGGUCUCCAACAGAUUCAGUUUGAAGAUCAGUCUCCCAGUCUGGUGGCCACGAUGA